AUGAAAAGUCCGGAUUCAUUUGAGACAUANGGUUAUGAAGAUUUUGCUGAGCACAGUGGAUGUAUUGACAUAGAUGAGUGUAGAGUUGGAACUAAUAACUGUGGUGCAAACUCUAACUGCUGGAAUUUCCCAGGAACAUUUGUAUGUACUUGCAAGGUUGGUUUUACUGGAGACCCUGUAGCAGGGUGUACUGAUAUUGAUGAAUGUAUUAAUCCUAAUUGGCAUAACUGUAACAACUACCCAGGAUAUAAUGCUGAAACAAUUGGAAAUAACGGGAUAAAAUACUUUUACGUCAGCUUGUCAGAUAUUGGAGAUGAGCAGCACCAUACUUUCAGAUUUGAGGUUGCUAUUGAAAAUAAAGCUCUAUUUUAUGUUGCAAAUGCAAAUUUAUCCAUUUCUUACAUGAUAACUUUACGGGCCUUGGCCACAGAGAUUAGCAGAUGUGAGACUAUUAACUGUGUGAUCUUGUUCAGCUCUACCUCAAUUGCAUCCCUAUCCAAUAGCAAAUUUAACCUUUUUUUCAUGGAUUUGUUUUAUGAUAAAAAAUCAGGAGACACAAUAAUCAAAGUUUUAGACAACAGCAAAAAUACUUUGUGUGUUGCAAAGUAUAAAGAACCGAAACCACUGGUCAUAAGCAAAGUAGGAGUUAAAAACAAUGGAGAAGGUCUAGUAGGGUACUGGAGAAAUAUGAGAAAGAAUUCUAUUCAACAAAAGUGUGUAAACACAAUUGGGAGUUUUUUCUGUACAGAUAAUUCAGAUGAAAUGAUUGCCAUUGGGUUUGGAGGUCAUACAACAAGUGGAUCUGUUUAUCCAAACCAAAUAACUGUUUUUACUAAUCAGCGAUAUACCUGUGUUAACCACAAAAUUGGGGAUAUUCAAGGAAGAUAUAGUCCAGGAAUGGCUGAGCUAGAUGGUUGGCUUUAUAUUUGUGGAGGACACUACUAUAAUGCUAAAGAUCCACUAAUUGACUGUAAAAAAUUUGAUUUAAAUGCUGAUAAUGGAGUCUGGACCAAUGCACCAAACUUACCUAGAAAGAGGAGACAUUUUGAAAUGCUAACUUAUCAAACUUCAAUUUACAUCCUUGGGGGACAUGAUUACUGGAAUGGGGGUUCAGGAUGCAUAAACACAUUGCAUGAGUUUAAUCAUCAAACAAAUAUAUGGACAUCUAGAGCAAACCUACCAUAUCCAAAUCAUCGUCAUUGUUCAGUUGCUGAUGUUGAAGAGGAUAGAAUAUGGAUGAUUGGUGGACAUCAAUGUAACGUUGGUGAUAAAAUGCAAGUAUACUAUUAUACAGUCUCUAAGAAUGUUUGGGUAUUUCAUAGCAAUCUUAUUGGUAAUCAAGCUGUGAUUGAUCCCAGUUGUGGAAUCAUUAUCAAGACCACUGGGGAGAAAUGGUUGCUUGUUGUUAAAGGAGGAAGAACAGAAGCAGUGAUAUAUUAUGAUCUCUCAAACAAUAGUGGAUGGAAGCAAGCAAGCAAUUUGUAUGGUAAUGGACGUCAAAAUUUUAUGCGAAUGAUAACUUUAACCCAGUAUAGUGCAUUCUUGAUGGGUUCAUCAACUACAAGAUAUGGAAACAGUUUAAAGAAUAUAUUUGAAUUCAACCAAGAGACAAACAAUUUUGAAGAUAAAUACUUAUACCUUCAAAAUGAAAUGAAUGCUGGUUAUUGGACAACUGUUAAGAAAUCCAACAACUUCAAAGCUCUGCAAGACUGUGUUUCACUAAGAGAAUAUGCUGCUGUAUGCUGGGGAGGUCACACAACAUCUGGUUCAGAUUACCCAGACACCUGGAGUGUUCUCCUCAGGGAUAGGUUAAGGAAAGGAGAUCCUCAUCUUCCUGCAACUUGUCACAACAAGAUUCCACCUUUCUCUCCUGGUAGAUUUGCAACUGGUGUUACAGCUGUGGAUUACAGGUUAAUGAUUUGUGGUGGUCUUAACUAUGGAGGUCCAUAUUUGAGCAGUUGCUAUUUUCUGGAUACUAAUGAAAAUUCUCCUGCAUGGAGUACAAUGGCAAGCAUGCCUAUAACACGGGGUUAUUAUGAGUUCACUACCUAUGGUGAUGCUGCAUAUGCAAUUGCAGGUCAUAAUGGUGGAGACCUUACUCAAGUAGACAGAUGGACAGAAUCUAAGGGAUGGGUUACUGUUGCUUCUUAUCCUGUACCAGUACACAGACAUUGUGCUGUGUCUGACCCAGGAUAUGACAGGAUAUAUUCCAUGGCAGGAAAUUCACGCUCUAAUGCUUAUUUUUAUACAAUUUCUUCUAACAAAUGGUCAUCAAUGCCUUCUCUAUACUGGUCAGGGAAUAACAUGGCCUGCGUUAUAAUCAGACGAAGAGGAACUGGAAAUAAGAUUAUUGUUCUAGUUGGUGACAAUCAAUCUAGACAACAGUAUUUUGAUCUCUCUGUUUAUGAAGCAAAUGGAAGUGGGGGAUGGAUGACUUUUACAACUCCCCAAUACACCUCAUCUUACUCUACUAUCAUAUCACUUACACCAUAUGAAAGUUUUGAGAUGGGGGGACACAGUAACAGAUACUCAUUUUCAACAAGAAACUUGUAUAUGUGGAAUCCAAUAAAUGAGCGCCAUGAAGAUAUUGGUCUAAACCUUGUCCAUCCUCACCAUAAUGGAGAUUGCACAGUUAUGCCUGCAGAUGCUAAAGUUCUGAGAGGAUGCAUUCUCGGAUAGAAGAGAAACAUGUUUAUUCUACACUUUCAUGGAAGCUUAUAAGUUCUAAAACCAAUGAUCUAAUAGCAAUUAAUCUUCUUUUAUGACUUGGCCAAGGUUGCUAAAAUUUUUAUGUUUUCAUUUAAAAAACAUAAAAAGUUGCUUUGAAAUGAGAACAUCUUUCUUUUGAUUAUUGAAAAAUGCUAUACAACAAAGAUGCAGCUUUUUUAAAUUAAAGUCUGAAGUUUUUUGACAAACAAAACUAAAAUAUUAUUACCA